CCGGCUUGCUCGUUUGUCCGAAAAAUCCACUACGCUCUGAAAAAUAGUAAUAAAUCUGUAUAUAAGAAGGGACAAUGUCGAGGAACCGAACCAACCUGCGCCGUCAGCAGAACGCGAAUGAAAGUGAGGGCGAAACAGCUGACGAAGAUGGCUUAGCGGCAACAAGUCUGGAAAAUAGGGAACCAGGGUCUCCUCGGGAAGACCCACAGUUUCUGGAUUUUCUGGACCAAGCAGAAGUUCCGGAGGAGGGGAGUCCACCUGAAGAAUUCGCUGAAAGUCCGGUGCGAGAGGAAAAGCCCCUUCGACUGGCAGCAAAAACUAAUUCUACCUCUAAUUCCAACAACAAUCAAGAGGUCGUGGAGAAUCAUCGGAGGAUCUACCGCCAGUUGGGAAUCCAUGUUCCCGAACCGCAGCCCAAUCAUCCGCUAAUGGGCUAUCGCUUUAUCCUGAAACUUUUCCUGGCCACGGAUAGUAACGCUGUGGAUUUCCUCAGCUGGUCGGGAAAGGGAACCCAAUUGGAACUCAAUUAUAUGGGCUUGCAGGAGCACUUAUCCAGUGGUCGCUCCAUUUUCCAUUGCCGGAAUACCUUGCAGUUCACGGCUCUUCUUUUGGGCCACGGAUUCGAACGAGUUUGGUUAGGAGAGGACUUAAAAUCUUUGGAUGUUAAAGCUUCCAUCAAGCUACUCUAUCGGAAUCCCAAUUUCGUCAGGGGUCAGCUGGAAAAGUUGGAGAAAAUAGAGGACCACCACCCAAAUCCCGAUAAGAAGGAGCCACAAUUCCCACCUCUGCAUCUCCCGAACUACGCCCACAUUGCCAGGAUGAUCCGACGGGGAGAUCUCUGCUCCACUUCCUAUACAUGUCGCUCGCCCCUGCAGACAGCUCGUUGUUCUUUCCAAACCCUACUCAACUAUCAGGCGGAUUUGGGUGUCCUGAAGGAACGCAAUAGCAACGAUGUGUUCAAUCAACAGAUUAUGACGCAACUGAAUGUGAAAAGGGGCCGUAAUACCAGUGAUUCCCUGCUAGAUCCUGCGCCCAGUAAAGCCUACCAGGCGAAAUUCGUCAAGCCCCACGAGUCGGUUAUAAAUAUAGGCAUCGGCCAAGCCCCCGAUUAUGCUGGUUACUACGGCAAGGUGGAACUAUCCAAGGUCAACGAAUUCUUCGCAGAGUAUCUACCCCGUUAUGGCAGUAAAAUCACUGGCUACAAAGAUAUAGUGAUGGAUGCCACCAACAAGUCGAUUGGCUUCCAACAGAAUCUGCCCAUUGGCAUGAAUUAUUCGGACGACGAAGACGAUGUCCUGCCACCACUUUCCUCGGGACUGGAUUUGGAUUUCAUGCCAUCCACCUCGGCGGCGGGAAAAUCGAAAUCUUCUGCUCGCAAGGCGGCUGUGGAGGACUCCGACUUGGAGCAGGCUAUGCAGGAACUGUGUGGUUCCAAUCUCAACGAGGAUGACGAUGAUGUGCCACAGACCAGCAGCAGUAGCAAGUUAAAAGCGAAAUCCAAGCCAAAGGCCAAAGCCAAGCCCACAAAACGCCUGGCCAAACUCCUGGAAUCCAGUUGCAGCGAAAGCGAAGAAUUCAAAGCGGUUGAAGAGAAGAAACCCAGGAAACCAAAGAAGAUCAAACUGAAGACAGAGGAAGACAGUGCCUCGUAUGUUGUGAAGAUCGAAGAGGAUUCCGAGACGCAAGAAGGAGGAGACGAAAUCGAGGAAACGACGGAUGAAAAGAUAAAGGAUCUGCAAUACGAUGAAUACGACGACGAUGAUGACGAGGAGGACGACUUUGGUGGCGAGGACGAUGACGACUAUGUUGACAAGUAUGUACAAUAUAGGACCGCUCCAGAGCCGCCGAAAAGACGACGUUAUGAUCUUCGCAACUCCAAGCGAAGCUCUCCAUAAGAAGUCUAUAAUACA